ACAAGUUUUACACAAAGGGAACACCGGUGGACUGCGUGCUGUAGUUGAGGGUUGAACGUGGAUUAAAAUGUCUGAAAUGCAGCUGCUGAGGCUGUUCAUCAGUGAGAGGCUGUGUGUGGCUGCAGAGGAGAUCUUCUCCGCGGUGCAGAGGACCAUAUCUGAGCAGAGAUCUCACCAAGACGGUGACCACCGGCAUGGACUCAAACCGGAAGUGCAUUCACUCAAUAGAGAGACGCCACAUAGAUUUAUCAGUGCAAUGGUGCAGACCCAACAUGAAACGGAUUGGAGUCCAAAGAGCUGCCACAACGACCCCAGUGUUAAACAGGAGGAGUGUGGCCUGCUGGUCCCAGACCCUCCAGCUAUCAAACAGGAAGAGCCAUGGAGCAGUCCAGAGGGAGAACAGCUACCAAACAUGGAGGACACCAGCACUUUGAAAGUGACGCCCACCUUCAUUUACUCAGCCAUGACUGAGUUACAAACUCAUGACACAGGAAAUGAAGACAGAAAGCCUGUACUUAAAACCUCAGCUGACCGCCGAGAGAUUGAAGGAAACGCACAGUCAAGCAGUGAAUUUUUGAAUAAUUUGCCAGAUCGUUCUGUAACUGUGAAUAACAUGGGGCCUAAGCAGGGUUUAGCAACAGUGACAGAGUACAGUAUUGGAAACAUCCACACGCAGAGCCCAACAGGGAAAAAACAGUGGACUAAAAGUUGUGAACCAAACAGCUCAACUUCAUCAAAAAAAGAGACAAAGACAAGCAAAUCAUACUGCUGCAGUUUCUGUGGCAAAGAAUUCAAGCGAAGUGCACACCUUGCCACGCACACUCAAAUCCACACUGGUGAGACGAUGUAUGUAUGUGAGUUGUGUGGUAAAGAGUUUCGACAUGGAAACAGUCUGACUGCGCACAUGAGGAUUCACUCGGAAGACAGGCCACACAGAUGCAGGAUUUGUGGAAAAGAGUUCCGCCAUGUUGGCAACUUGAACGUCCACACGAGAAUCCACACAGGAGAGAAACCCUACACCUGCACCGUGUGUGGAAAGAAGUUCAGUCGGAAUAAUGUAAUGACAAAACACAUGGAAGAUGUUCACUUGGCAUGACUUAAUGAGAGUUAAUCAGAAUAUCCACUUUUCUGUAAAUAUGUCCUUACUGUAUGAAAUGGUAAUACUAUAAAGUAAAACAUGGUAGAAAUGGCUCUUGAUCAUAGGCGAAUUUUGUGGGGGGGGGGUCAUUACCCACCCUAGUGGCUGAAAUAUGUUACAGCAUUACUACGUCUAAAGCUGUUCCAAUACAAAUAUUUCGUAUGUCAAUAUUUUUAAUAGAUGUAAUAUAAUGAUUGUUACAAUACAAAUCUGAAUAAUUUCAUGUUUUGUUUGAAAUCAUUUCAUUUUUGAGCAGUCGCAUGUUGAGAAAUGAUUCAGCUAUUGUGUUACAAUAAUUAGCAGUAAUGGCUAUGCGGCGAUUUUUAAAACGUUUAAGGCGUCUACUUCUGCACUAAGUAGGACACUGGUUCAUAAUAUUGUAGCGUGUUCAAGUAACCAAGGGAUAUAGUCGUCAUCAAAUAAGUAUAAGAUGUACACAGUUAUGAUUUACAGUUGUAAUGCACUGUUGUUGGGGGGAAGAGACCCAUAUGAGUGUGUGUACGGCGGGCAUGAGGCGUGC